GCGACGCGAAUAAAAAUCUCAGUGUGGAAAGGAAGACAUAGCCAGGGAAGAGAUGGGGGCUUCUCAUUCGUCCCCGAACGCCAACUCGAUCCAUGAAUUCACUGUCAAGGAUAGCUCUGGGAAGGCCGUGGAUCUAGGGAUCUACAAGGGCAAGGUCUUGCUUGUCGUCAAUGUCGCCUCUAAAUGUGGCUUAACGGAUAGCAAUUAUACCCAGCUGACCGAUCUCUACAACAAGUACAGGAACAGAGGUUUUUCGUUUUUCUUCGCCUUCCUUCUUGCUAUUAUAUGA